GUCGAGUUGUCGGCUGCCAAGACUCAAAAGUUGUCAAGCUGUUCUUUCGGACCUUGCCUUGUUCGGCAGGGCACAUGCAGGCCACCUUUACAGUUGACAGUUGCACACAGACCUCGACCUCGCAACGACUCGGCCAAAACCUUGCCUUUGUACCUCGCGACACGGUGCCAGCCCCGACACUUUCAGACCGCGCUCCUCCUCACUCUUUAGGGAAUAAGGGAAUACUCCAGAAACACCAUGUUCGACAUCGAUUGGCGGGGGCUGCUGUUGCCCCUGGCAUACCUGGGAGUGCUGGUCGGCACUUUCGUGACAUUCUCGCGAGUCUACCGCAAGAGGAAAGCGUUCGAGAGCGCUAACCUUGCUCCGUGGUUCGGGCCGCAUCUCCAACGCAACAUCUACCUGUCGCUGCUGCAUAUGGAACCCGAGGAGGGGUCCGAGAAGGCGCCCAAGGUCCCCGACAGCGUGAUCCGGGCCGCGCUCCUCAGGCGCGCCGUUGAGGACAUCCACCGCAUCAUCCAAAUCCGUACCGCCAAGCAAGCCUGCAGCUCAUUGCUGCAACGGGGGAGCGUCGGCGAUGACCUGUGGCAACGGUUCCAACGCGCCGAGAAGGAGAUGGAGGAGGAGCUACGGGAUGUUGUGAUGGAGGCCAACGCGCUCGUCCCGAAUUGGGGCCAAAUAAUCUUCCAGUCCGCCAACGAGAUCGCGGCCAACAAGGCGCUGCGGGACCGGAUUGACGAGAUCGAGGCACAGACGGAGAACGACAAGGAGUGGUGGGAGAAGCGGCGGACCAACAUCAAGACCGAGUUCAUGAAGGAGCUGGAGGCGGAGGAGGAGGGGUCGGAGAAGGGCCAGACCAAGGCCAGCUUGGCCGGCAGCGAGGACGAGCCCGUUCUGGUGGAGACAGACACCCCGUCAGCCACCCCAUCAGGGGCUUCCAAGAAGAAGGGCGGUAAGAAAUAGAGUUCUGCGGGGGGCCACCGGAAGGGGCGAAAGCGAGUGCGCGCUCGGGCGUAGCGUUGUAUAGUAAAAGGGGUAGUAGGGUGCCUGGGCCGUCGACAGCAUCGUGUAUGGCGUUGGGUGGGACAUAGGGUUUUGCCUUGGGUUGUUUUUAUUCAGUGGUUGAACGAUGGCAGUUGUUUUGUUGGUGUGCCUACCUAUUUUAAAGAGAUGGUUGGGUAGGGUGUCUGUUUACUUUAAUGAGCAUGCCCCAAGUAUAUAUGAUGCUCAUCCCGGCCUGUCAAUUACAUUCACGAUCUGACUAUCGAGGCCCAACCAAGGCAAUUAACUUGUCAAACCGCGUC